AUGAACACCCACGAACACCCAGAAGAAAGGGAAGGUUGUGCAUUUACAAUUAUGUACAAUAAUCAUCAAGGUGCUUUGGAUUUAAUGGCAUCAGAUCAACAUUCACGUGAUACAUGGGUGGCUGGUUUGAAACUUUUAUGUGAGCGACAUACACAAAAAGGAAAAACAAAUUUUAUGAAAACAGAUCAUUGGAUUUUAAGUCAUUUUUACAUGGCUGAUAAAGAUGGCUCUGGAACAUUAACAAAAGUAGAAUGUCAACGUUUAUUGAACGAUGUAUUAUGCGUUAAAAUGCCAAAUAGUCUAUUUCAGCUAAUAUUUGCAGAUUAUGACGUGUCUACUGAACGUGCACUAAGGCUAAUUGAACAGUCAGAAAUGAACAUCAGUCUUAAAAGUCAACAAUUAUUAGGCAUUGAUGGUUUUCGAAAUAUGCUUUUAACUGAAGAAUUUGACAUAAUAAAUCCAUGGUGUAUACGUUGUCCAUAUCAGGAUAUGAAAAGAUAUCUGUUUAAUAAUCAAGUAAUUGGUGAAAGUAGCUCAGAGGCUUAUAAUCGAGUUUUGUUAAAAGGAGGACGCGCUGUUGAACGUAAUUAUCGUUUCGAAUAUUGUCCGUAA